AUGCGAGCAAUUCCGAAACGACGAGUUGAAUCACUUUUUGCUAACAUGGUGUUAUUGUACAAUCACCAUCACCCUUGUCUAACGUGUUUAGUCACUUCUAUUCCUGCUGCUGCAACAGUUGUGUGUAGACAGCGCGGCAUUUUUUUCAUCUGCUUCGUCAUUAACACAACAUGGAAAGGUCUCAUAUUGAUUGUGCUUCUACUUCUCAGGGUAACUCUGCGGGAUGGCCACGCCCAAAGAGUUGGUCACCGUGUGUUUCUUCACCGACAUCGCGCGUAUCUACCAGCCUCCGCAGUCUGCUCGAACUAUCGACGCUUGGAGAUUUCGAUUGCCAUGCUCGUAAUGCCUGAGAGUUGUACAGCAGCUCAGUUUGAAUCAGCCGUUCCUACAUAA